GACUUUGGGCUUGAAGAUUCAGUCAUGCUUAUCAGAACACUUCAAGAGUCUUCAGCAUCCUUCCUCGAGGAGUUCCACGAGUUAUUUAUCCUCUGCAGCCAGUGCCUGCUUCCCCCUGCCUGUGAGGCCCCAUGCACUCACUAACCAGGCCCCCUUCUCUCCCCCAGGGGAAAUACGGCAAGCGGAAGAGUCGUUUCAAACGCUCGGAUGGCAGCACCUCCUCGGACACAACUUCCAACAGCUUCGUGAGACAGGGCUCUGCAGAGUCCUACACCAGCCGCCCCUCAGACUCGGAUGUGUCCCUGGAGGAGGAUCGUGAGGCUCUGCACAAGGAGGCUGAGCGCCAGGCCCUGGCACAACUGGAGAAGGCCAAGACCAAGCCAGUAGCAUUUGCAGUGAGGACAAAUGUGGGCUACAACCCAUCCCCUAAUGAUGACAUGCCAGUCCAGGGCAUGGCCAUCUCCUUUGAACCCAAAGACUUCCUGCAUAUCAAAGAGAAAUAUAACAAUGACUGGUGGAUCGGGCGCCUGGUGAAGGAGGGCUGUGAGGUGGGCUUCAUCCCUAGCCCUGUCAAACUGGAAAACAUGAGGAUGCUGCAGGAGCAAAAGAUGAGGCAAAACCGCCUCAGUUCAAGCAAAUCAGGGGACAACUCCAGCUCCAGCCUGGGAGAUGUAGUGACGGGGACCCGCAGACCCACCCCACCUGCCAGCGGUACUCUGGACAUGACUAACUUAGCUUAUGACCCUGAUGCCCUUGACUUAGAAGAUGAGGAGGCCGAAGGCCUGGAGAACCACCGCUCCCCUAAGACUAGUGCUAGCAGUGUCACCACACCCCACUCCAACGUCAAGCGCAUCCCCUUCUUUAAGAAGGCAGAGCACGUGCCCCCCUAUGACGUGGUACCCUCCAUGCGGCCAAUCAUACUUGUGGGGCCGUCCUUGAAGGGGUACGAGGUGACAGACAUGAUGCAGAAAGCUCUUUUUGACUUCCUGAAGCAUCGCUUUGAUGGCAGGAUCUCCAUCACGCGGGUGACAGCCGACAUCUCCCUGGCCAAGCGCUCCGUGCUGAAUAACCCCAGCAAACACACCAUCAUCGAACGCUCCAGCACACGCUCCAGCCUGGCUGAGGUGCAGAGUGAGAUUGAGCGCAUUUUCGAACUGGCCCGGACCCUGCAGCUUGUGGCUCUUGAUGCAGACACCAUCAACCACCCAGCCCAGCUAGCCAAGACCUCACUGGCCCCCAUCAUUGUGUACAUCAAGAUCACCUCCCCUAAGGUGCUCCAGAGACUGGUCAAGUCCCGGGGAAAGUCCCAGGCCAAACACCUGAAUGUGCAGAUGGUGGCAUCAGACAAACUGGCACAGUGCCCUCCGGAAAUGUUUGACAUCAUCCUGGAUGAGAACCAAUUGGAAGAUGCCUGUGAGCACCUAUCUGAGUACCUGGAAGCCUAUUGGAAGGCCACGCAUCCACCCAGCAGCAACCCACCCAAUCCCCUGCUGAACCGCACCAUGGCUACCGCUGCCCUAGCUGCCAGUCCAGCCCCCGUCUCCAACCUCCAGGGCCCCUACCUAGUGCAUGGGGAGCAGACGCGUGAGGGGGAGCGUGCUAGCCUUCAUGACUACCCAGGGGAGCCGGCCACCCGUGGCCAGGGGCGUCCAGGCCAGCCCCAUGCCCGCCUAGUCAACCGUGGCCUAUCACGCCAGGACACCUUCGACUCGGAGACCCAGGGCAGCCGUGACUCGGCCUACACAGAGCCGGGUGAUUCCUGCAUGGACAUGGAGACAGACCCCUACGAGGAGCCUGAAGCUGAGCCGUGCAGCACCCCCGGUGCCUACCACCGAGGGCUGGGCCGCCACCACCUCCGCCUGCACCAGAGCUCCUGGGAUGAGGAUGAGCCAGAUCGGGAGAACCACAACCGGCAACCUCGGGGCAAGGGGCGAGACCACUACUGCCAGAACGAGGAGGAGGCCAUGGGCAUGAACAAGAAUGACAUGGAAGCCUGGGGGCGGGACGUGUACAUCCGCUAGAGCCAGGGCAUCUGCCUCUGCAGGAGAGGGGUGGUGUGCGGGGAUCUUUUCCCCCCCUCCCCAGAUCCCCUGACUAUGGGGCUUCCCUACUUUGGUUGUUUUGGGUUGGGGUGGCCCUUCCCUCCUUAACCAGGGCUGGCCUCAGAUUGUACAGUGCCCCCAUCCAGCUUGGAUGAGGGCUCCCCUGCCUUCCCCCCACCCCAUAUGGGGCUCCCUUGCCAGCAGUGCCAUGGGGACCCCUUUGCCAAUGGUGACACAGGCCCCCCCAACUCAGCACCCAGAGGGGGCCCCUGCCGACACUCCUGGGGCCCCUCUCACCUCCUAUAAGAUUGUGAAUAUUCACCUCCACCUUAAGCCCCUCCUUGGCUCUGUGGGUCCCCUGGGUACCCAGAGAGGAGGGGCGCCCUGGCGUCCACUGUUGCCUCGGGCCAUCCCUGCCCCCAAAGGGAGUAAGUGACCAAAUGGAUCCAGCCAGCUCCCCUGCUGCCUGCCAUGGCCCUGCCCCAAUGGGUGGGAAGCCUAGAGCUGGGCACUGUCCGUCCCCACUCCCUGGGGAAGGAAAGCAUGUUCAACCCUGGUCUGUAACUAAUCACUUCUGGGGCUGUCUAGGGGGGCGGCCUUUCUCCAUCUUCCUCUUCCCCACCCCAGGCUCAGCUUCUCCCCAAUUUGCAUCCUUGCCCCAUCCCAUCGUAUUUCCAUGGUGCUCUUGACAACCCAGCUGAAGAGGGAAGCUGUGCCACUACCCCUGGUUUCUUUAGAGAGUUCUGAUAGCUGGGGGGAGUCAGUCUCUGCCCAGCAAAGAGGAAUCUCCUCUUCUGUCCAGUGCCUAUGAUUAUGUCCAGCCCUUUGUCCGUACAGACAGCCGUAACCCCAGCAAUGGUACCAUAGCCUGCCUCCCAUCAUGGCUUGACCUGUCUCUAUUCUCCAGUGCCUCAGCCUCCAGCCCCCCAUGGAUUUAUUUCAUGUGCUAAGCCACAACAGAUUUGGGGGUGGGGAUGCCUGCACUCCAGCCUGCAUGCAUGUGUGGUGUACUGCUGUGGGCGCACCCCAGGCCGGGGCAUUGAGGGAAUGAGGGGGGCUAACCUGUUUGGAUCUAAUUGGACUCCUAGCUGAUCUGCACCAUGCUGACUCAAAGCAUGGGGGGAAGCUUGUGUGUAAUGCCAUAGGCUGGGUGUUCUUCUGGUGGGCUGAGGAGACUUGGCCGAGCGUGUCAGGGGCAGUUCCAGGACAUCCCAGUCCCAUGUGACAUCAAAGCAAUCCCCCUUGCUGGGGGCACUCAUCUUCGCCAGUGAUCCUGCCUACUGCCUGAGGAGAGGCAGUGCCCUGUGAUGGCGUCUUGGCCUGGGCUACCCUCUCCCUGGGGCCCGGCCUGUUUGGUUUUCCCCUUCACAAAGCUGCUGUCAUCAGACUGCAGGUGCUUUGCGGGGUGUUUCCAUUUGAGGAGCUUGGGCUGAAAUGAAGGCAGGGAGACAGAGUUUCUGGCAGAACAGGCUAUUUUUGCAAAAUGGUGUCUGGCACCCCUUAGUGGGGGAGAGGGGCUCUUCCAGAAGGGUGUUUAUACACUGUUCAUGAGAAACAUGCUUUAGUUAGAGCAGCU